UCCAACGAGUCUGCACCAGCACCAACCGUCCUUUCACCCCUCCCUUCCAAGCUCCUCAGCGCGGCGGCUUUAACCUUCAUCCCUUCGACCCCCCAACGCGCCUCCUCACGGGAGCCAACUACGCCCCCACUUACGUCCUCGUCAAACUCUUCCGAUUCUCCCUUCUCAUCGCCCACCUACAACUUCCACUUCCCCUCCCUCAACUCCGUUUCCCCUGCGGACCGCAAGGAGUCGCGCUCACUGCCGCCCCUGCUCCAGAAGGACGAGAGCGGGUUCUACGUCGAGGUCCCCGACCCGGAUGAGGCUGAAGCUGACGCAGACGCAGACGCCGGUCCGGGCGUCACCCAGAGCCUAAAUGGCACUCGGAGCGGGACGCCUCGCCGCCCGUCGGCGGCCUUCCUGCCAUCCUUCCUCACCGACGGCUCGCCUCCGUCAUCGCGCUCACGCAACUCCAAGACGCGCGAGAUGGUCGACCGGCUCCGGUCUUCCACCAGCUCCUCCUCGGGCCGCAAGGCAAAGAAGUCGGACCGGAGCCGUAAAGCCUCUGGGUCGAAGGACACAGAGCACACAACCGAACCGGCUUCCCACAGCAAACCGGAAGGCGAAGGCUGGAUCUCGGCCGUUAGUACCUCUACCGUCGCCCCGCCCCCGUCGCAGAUCUCGCACGCCAACGCGCACGGGAAUGGACACAAGCGCGGCCAUGGGUACAAGCGUUCCUCAGGCUCGUCACAAUCGCACGCGUCGGUGUCAACCGCGCCGUCCUUCUCCCCCUCCACAACGACGGCCUCGCUCUCCCCGCCCCGCACAUCCCCCCGCUUGGCGUUGGACCCGUCCCUACCCCACCGCACCCGUGUACCCUACUGCCCCGGCAUGUACAUGGGCUACCAGCCAUUCGGAGUCCUUCCGCCCGUUGCUCCGUACGGCAUGCCCACGCCAGUCUUCUAUGACGGCAAGGUCAAGCCCGUACAGUGGUACGUCCAGUCGCUGCGCAAUAAGCACUAG